UGAUAUUUUGAUUUUUGACAUUUAGAUCUAAAUUCUAAAUAAUUUUCAAUAAAUUUUGUUUUGUGGCGGCUUGUGGAAAAAGUUCAAGCCACUAAAUAUAUAAAAAUAAUAUAAUUUAUUUAAUAACUUAUUAAAUUUAUUCACAUACAAAAGAAAUAAGCUUAAAAUUGUAAAUACGGAUGCAAAAUGUCUGGUUUUACGAAUCAGAAUGAAUAUUCUUGGCAAAGCCAAAACAACAGUGCCCCUUUUAAUAAUUCCAAUGCAUUCGGAGACUCUCAAACUCUAGAUUUUCAGAAUUUCACAGCCGACCAACAAAACUAUUCUUUUGAUCAAGGACAAAGUAUUCCUGUGAACAACAACCAAUACUACAAUCCAAGUUUAUUCACCCCAGCACCUAUACCAGGAGAGCAGCCUACAGAAGCAUCAGAUUUUGAUGAACCACCACUACUGGAUGAAUUAGAGAUAUACCCAGAUAGAAUAUUAGAGAAAACUUUAGCCGUACUAAAUCCAUUUCAUGGUCAAUCAAAAGCAGAUGAUGCAAAUUUCUUGCUAAGAGAUACUGAUAUUGCUGGUCCAAUUGCAUUUUGUUUAGCACUAGCUGUAUGUCUAUUCCUAUCAGGCAAUAAAGCUCAUUUUGGUUAUGUUUAUGGAUUGUCAGUGAUGUCUGUUAUAUUGAUGUACUUCUUACUAUCUCUAAUGAGUCAUACAGAAGGAGUAUUUACUUUAUUGAGUGUUGCGAGUGUAUUAGGAUAUUGUAUGCUGCCAAUGGUUGUCUUGGCAUGUUUAGGUAUUUUUCUAUCGCUUGAAGGCACUAUUGGUCUCAGUCUGUCGGGUGCCGCAGUGAUUUGGUCUGCCCUGUCAGCAAGUCGCCUAUUUGUUACCAUGUCUGGAGAUUUUGAGCAACGGCCUCUCAUUGCAUACCCAUGUGCUUUAGUCAAUGGUGUAUUUGCACUUCUCGUCUUAUUUUAACUCAUUAAUGUUUAACCUAUAAACUUAAGAUAAGAUAUAUUUUUAUAAAAUGUAUGUUUUUACCUAAAAUAUUUAUAUUGUGUAACCCCCGUUCUCAUUAAACAAUUGGGUUUUACCAGAUAGAUGAAUAUGAAAUGUGCUUUCAUGUCUUAAGAGUGCAAUAGCCAAAAUUAGAAGAUUUUUGGUUUAUAAAGAUCAAACCUAAUAAUGUUACUCAAUGUAAAACUGUCAAAUUGUAUAUAUUUGUUUGCUAGUUCAUCUAAAUAAAAGUGUAAAACUGGUCCAAAAUAAAUUAUAUGCAAUCUAA